UGGUUAGUUGUCUAUUGGAGUUCGCAGCGUUUGAGUCGCCGGGUCCGGGUUCGAAUCUCCGUGCGAUAGGGAUAUAUAAUAUACGGAAAGUGAAGUUGUAGUCACACAGCUGAAAGACUAUACGAUCUGUGGAGAGAUCUGUGCUAGGAUGUCCUCGAAAGUGGUAACCUCGUUAAUGGCCGAGAGCAUUCUGCUCUCUAAAGUAGGCCAAGUGAUCGGGUACUCCCCGAUUACGGUUUUACUAAUCGCCCUCGUAUUAUUCCUGGUGGUCUAUAACAAGCGUCGAUCGCGAUUGGUGAAGUAUAUUGAAAAGAUCCCGGGACCUGCAGCCAUGCCCUUUUUGGGCAACGCCAUCGAAAUGAAUGUGGAUCACGACGAGCUCUUUAACCGCGUCAUCGGCAUGCAAAAGUUGUGGGGCACGCGUAUUGGAAUCAAUCGAGUUUGGCAGGGGACAGCCCCACGAGUGCUCCUCUUCGAGCCCGAAACUGUGGAGCCCAUACUGAACAGCCAGAAGUUUGUGAACAAGAGCCACGAUUACGACUAUCUGCAUCCUUGGCUGGGAGAAGGGCUGCUCACCAGCACCGAUCGCAAGUGGCACUCCCGCAGGAAGAUCCUCACGCCCGCCUUCCACUUCAAAAUCUUGGACGACUUCAUAGACGUCUUCAACGAGCAGAGCGCGGUCUUGGCCAGAAAAUUGGCGGUGGAGGUGGGCAGCGAGGCGUUCAACCUGUUCCCCUACGUCACGCUCUGCACUUUGGACAUUGUUUGUGAAACCGCCAUGGGUCGCAGAAUUUAUGCCCAGAGCAAUAGCGAAUCGGAGUAUGUGAAGGCGGUCUACGGCAUUGGAUCGAUUGUGCAGAGUCGUCAGGCGAAGAUCUGGCUGCAGAGCGACUUCAUUUUCAGCCUGACUUCGGAGUACAAGCUCCACCAGAGUUACAUAAGCACCCUGCAUGGGUUCUCCAACAUGGUGAUCCGCGAACGUAAGGCUGAACUGGCCCUUCUCCAGGAGAACAACAACAAUAACAAUGAGAGCCCCGAUGCCUACGAUGAUCUGGGAAAGAAGAAGCGUCUGGCCUUCCUUGAUCUCCUGAUCGAUGCCUAAGAGGGAACAGUGCUUUCGAAUGAGGACAUUCGCGAGGAGGUGGACACCUUUAUGUUCGAGGGCCAUGACACCACCUCGGCUGCCAUUUCCUGGACUUUCCUGCUGGGCUGCCAUCCGGAGUACCAGGAGCAGGUGGUGGAGGAGCUGGAAGCGAUCUUCGGCGACGACAAGGAGACGCCGGCCACCAUGAAGAACCUGCUCGACAUGCGGUACCUGGAGUGCUGCAUCAAGGACUCGCUGCGCCUGUUUCCCAGUGUGCCCAUGAUGGCCAGAAUGGUGGCCGAGGAUGUCAAUAUUGGUGGAAAGAUCGUGCCCGCUGGAACUCAGGCCAUCAUCAUGACCUAUGCCCUCCACCGCAAUCCGCGGGUUUUCCCCAAGCCGGAGCAGUUCAAUCCGGACAACUUCCUGCCGGAAAACUGCGCCGGUCGCCAUCCCUUCGCCUACAUCCCCUUCAGCGCCGGACCGCGCAACUGCAUCGGUCAGAAGUUCGCCAUUCUGGAGGAGAAGGCCGUGAUCUCCACGGUGCUGAGGAAGUACAAGAUCGAGGCCGUCGACCGGCGCGAGGAUCUCACCCUGCUGGGCGAACUCAUCCUGCGUCCCAAGGACGGCCUUAGGGUUAAGAUCACGCCCAGGAUUAAGGAGCUGAAGCCCUCAGAACGAAACUUCCCCCAUUCGCUUCGAUCCAAAGUACACUGUAAAUAAUUAGAGUUAACCGGAUAUCAUAGGUCUAGAGAUUAGUUACGUUAAACUUUGUAACCGCUGCAAUACUAUCUAGCCUAAGAAUAA